GGAUUAAGUCAUCAUAUGUCUUUCAAAUAUUGAUAUGUAUUUGUGAGGAAUUUCUUUCGCCAACUCCAAGGACAAAGGACAUUGACGACAUUUCAAAAAAGGAAGUGAAGAGAAUAGUGGACAAGUGGGUUUGUUUUCACUAUAUUUUUCUUUUGAGAAAAAAUUGUAAAUUUUCAUUUUCAUUUCCAUUGCCUGAGAGACUACGCAACAAACCCACUUCAGAUUUGUAUUCUUUUACGAUGAAACUGGAUGAGUUUGACAAUUAUAAAGUACCUAAAGAUGAAAUGCAAGAUGUAGCGCUCUCUCAUGAAGAUCCAAUUAGUCUUCAUUCCAAGAAACUUCAAGAUGAUUUGCAAACAAUGGGAAUGAAAAUACAGCUGCAUGAAGACAACAUAAGGUUUCUGAAGACUUUGAAAGACAAAUUAGUUGAUUCCAUCAUUGAUCUACAGGUUACACUAGGAAAGUAUCAUGCUUCUAAUACACCUAAGAUUGAGAACAAGGAUGGUUCCGAUACUCAAAGUGAAGAUGAGCCAUCAUAUCAGAAAGGGAUAUUACAACAGGAAAAUACUGCUGCUAGCAUCUUGUGCCACUCAAAAACUAAUCCAAAGAUGCUGGCUUCUGAUCCUACAUUGAGUGAUGAUGUGCUUGGUGUUGUUGCUGAGCUAGGACAUGUGAAGGACAAUAACCUUAGCAGCCUUUUAUCAGAGUACCUAGGAACAAAGACCAUGUUGGCUAUUGUCUGCAAGACUUACAAUGGAGUCAAAUCUCUGGAAAAGUAUGACACGGAAGGAUGCAUAAAUAAAACGUCCGGGCUUCAUGGAUUUGGCACUUCACUCGGGAAAACUUUAGAGGGACGAUUCAAUGUCAUCGCUCUCGAAACAUUAAGAUCAUAUUCUGGUGAAUUUGUGGCCGAUGAUCCGCAAAGAAGGCUUGAUAUUCCAAAGCCAAGAUUGCCUAAUGGAGACUGUCCAGACGGUUUUCUUGGUUAUGCUGUUAAUAUGAUUGACAUAGACAGAACACACUUGUCUUUUCUCACAGCUAGUGGAUAUGGUCUUAGAGAGACUCUAUUUUAUUCUCUAUUUUUCUGCCUGCAAAUCUAUAAAACUAGGACAGAAAUGUUGCAAGCUGUUCCUUGCAUAACCGACGGAGCGCUUUCUUUGGAUGGCGGGAUUAUCAAGAGGAGUGGAUUGUUUUGUCUUGGCAAUAGGGGCGACGCAAAGGUAACCUUUUCCAAGACCUCAAUAAAUUCAAGCCUACCUGACCAUUACAUGGAAUCUGAAAGACAAAUGAAAGAAAUGAAAUGGAAAAAGGAAAAAUUGCUUGAAGAUAUGAGGAGAGAACAGGCACUGCUAGAUAGCUUGAAGCUCAACUUCGAAAAAAAGAAGGCAGAGAUUGUGCAGUUUCUAGCAGAAGCUGCUGCUCGGCCACAAACUCCAGUUGCAAUGGGGAUACUAGUCGAUAGAUGAUUCCAGACAGAGAAUCAACCAACCAUCGAAGGGAUGGCUAAAUGUUUUGGAAGUCUCAGGGUUGAUGCUCGUUGUUGUCGAUCACGUUGCACACACGAUGGAAUUGUUUUGUUGUAUGAUAUGCAUCGGUGUUGGAUAGGUGAUAGCUUAUUCAGGGGAGUUUGAAGGAAAUGGGAAUAUUUUGCAAUACCAAGUUUGUGUUGUGUAUCACGCUUCCUCUGACAGCUCUAUGAUGGUUGCCAUUUCUUUCAUCCUCUAUCUCUCUUGCUUUGCUCUAUACCUUCCUGUUUUUUGGGCCAUUUAUCUGUAUGACAAAAUGGUGGAUGUAUUCUGUAUGCUUACUUCGACCCUGGAUUCAAAGUUCGAUUGUCAGCCAA